GAAGACGAUCGACACUGGUCGGCGUUACCAACGUGCUGCAGUCCCUCAUAGCGUCUUCCGACUCCCAUUCCGCCACCAUCAGCCCCAAGUACAAGAGGAACCAAGCAACCUGUCACCUUGGACCAUUAUUCUAACCGUUUUGACAGUUACAACUUGUCAAGCGUUCAAAUUUGAACUUUGGACCAUUCAGUUGACAACUUUCGGACUAAGAUACCAUGCCAACGUGGGGUCCCAGCCCGUUCGAGCCGCUGCAGCUCUCAGUGGAGAAUGCAGCCAAGUUGGGCGAAAUCGCAAGAGUUUUCGUACAGGAUAGUAUGCGCAGUUACGAAAAAUAUCUGUACGAGGACCAGCGCCGGCUUGACGAGCGUCGUUGGAAAUUAACCAAGCAACGCGGCGGCGUGCACGUGUACGUUGAGCAACCGCUCAAAGAGCGUCGUAAAGCUGGUGGAGCCACACAAGACGAGCUGGAGAGGGAGUACCGUCAUCAGUUGCAACGCACCACAGCGGGGGAGAAGGUGACGGCCGCUGCAGCCGCGUCAUUGGCGGAUCUCCCGCUUCUUCUGGCGGUCGGAACCAUUGCUGGUACACUAGAUGACGCCAUGUACGGGGCGGUGAAUUCGACGUUAGAUGCCAUGAGGAUAAAGUCAUCGUACGUAGGGGACAAUAUGGCGGACGGAGCAGUGCUGGCAACCAUAGUGGAGCCCUCUCCUAGCGACCCGUUCCAUUCGUUGACAGUCAAGUGGAUGGAAAACGAACAGUUACAUGUCUUGAAACCUGUGGUGAAGAACCGGGAUUUCGUGUAUUUAGAGGUAACGGGGCUCGCGGAACUGGACACGGGCGAACGCGUCGGGUACCACUUGCUGCAUUCCGUGAAUUUCCCGCAGACACCCGAGCUGGAAGGCCGUGUACGCGCGAAUUUAUCUGUGGCGGCGCUGUACCGACAGGAACGGGAAGGACUCGUGGAUGUGUACGUAAGGGCGAUUCUCAAUCCCUGUGGGAGUAUUAUCCGCUCGCUUGUGGUGAGAUCGGUGGCAGACGCGAUCAUUUCGGUCACGGAGAUCGCGGAAUGUGCACAGAAGAAGAAGCUGGCGUGGCUGGCCAAGACGUCGCGGGAGAAUCGACGGCAGAGGGCCAUGCAGAGCGCUGUAGCGGCGGUGGUGGAGGCCAAUAGGAUCCACUCUCCUACAGCGCAGUCCAAUGACACCAGCACAACGUCGAGCUCUGCUACGACUCGACCCAGUGUUCCUCUUCCAGUCCCUGAGGCUCUUGCGUCUGCGGGUGCGAUGGAGAAGUGCACGUCGUGUCAAAAGCGGUCGGUUCACAGAACGCCGUCUGGCAGUUUGGUCAAUACGUACGACAAACGUUCGGAUCGAGACCGAUGCAAACUGUGCUACAAGUUUGUAUGUUCGUCUUGCCGAGUCAAGUACAAACUGACCUUCAUGAGACCUCAAGGUGAACUGCUACGUCGAGAUCUGCGCUUUUGUGGGCGAUGUGUGGAUCGAUCCCGAGCAGCCGAUACGAUGCUCAUUGCUAGUGAGGAAUUGGCUUGUAGAGAGGAGUUUUCAGAAUUUUAUCAGAGUUUAAGUGCACGAAGCCGACGACGUGAUAGCAUGGCAAUGUGAGAAGCCAAGGUAGUAUCUAUUUUUUUUUUUACGAGAGUACAAACCUCAUCAAUACAUCCUAAAGACUCUCUCAACACGAAAAAAAGAAAAUAGA